AAGUUUCUGCAGAUUUUUGUACUUUUCCCGGCGUGAAAAGAUCAAAUUAACUUUUUUAUUGAACCAGCGGUUGACUGGAAAUGGAUCUCUUGAAACCCCGGACGGUGCCCCUGUCGGAGGAGACGAUAUUGUGGUUCGAAUUUCUUCUAAAACCCGCUCUCCUCACAAAACACCUUAGUAAACCGAACCCCGAUCCCUCACCCACCGCGUUGAUCACGCAGUUUCUCUCCAUCGUGCCGGAGGGCCAAAACCCGCACGAACCCAGUAGCGUCCCCACGCCGACUGCCGGAGACCCUCCCGAAACAGCCGGUAAACUAAUGCCACCGUCCGAUGGACUGCGAUACACGAAAAAGCAGCUUGCCCUCAAGAUACUGGCCCUGAAAGUGGCCGCCUUUAUUCGGUGGGAUUUGGAUCAGCUUGAGCGCAGCCUUCCCGUGGCUCGCCAGGUGCAGUUGUUAGGGGAUUUAUGCAGUAUCAUGGCCGGUAAGAUGGUCGUAUUGCCGCUGUCCCUCGUGCACGAACCACCGUCUGCCGGUGCGGAUGGAUCCAAGCACGCUCUGACGUUCGCUCUCACACUCUACCAUCGCUGGGUGCUGCGAGCUCAGGUGCUACGUGCGGCCGCUAUCAAAACCGCCAAACCUUUCGUCGGUCAUUCUCAAUCGGUUCCAGAUCCGGCGGCGUUUACCCUACGCGAUGAGUCCUCCUUGUCGGCACUGGAGCCCUUCACACAGCACAGUAUCGACUUUCUAACGCAGCUGGUGCAGGAACCGCAAGCAUUUCGCGUCCUCACGUACGAUUCUUUCGUUCCGCUCGAUGCGAACGCGGGCAGUAUGCAGCAGCGGUUCGACGCUGCCCUUGCCAUCCGACCCUGUGAACUGCGGACGCAGAUACACUACGAUCUCUGCAUGUAUUAUCUGUACGUGCAGCGGUACGAGCUAGCACGACAGAACGUCUUGCUGUGUAAGGAGAACUUUACCGAGUGGCAACGGGAAAUCGAACCGGACGGUUCACGUGCCCUAUACUGUACGGUCGAUGUGGAUGCGCUUCAGGCGUAUCUGCUAGCGUGCGGUGUUACCGGUGAACCGGAUGGGCUGCUACAGCGACUGCAUGAAUCCAUCCUGAACCACUACUCCGACAUCGUGGUCAUCCUGAAGGAAGACAACAUUCGGCGCGAAAUCCCGAUGACCCAACGGAAGCUGCUCGAGCUUAACAUCGAGGGCUACAAUGCGAUCGGUAGCACGGACGGUAAUCCGGUCGAGCAGAAGGAACUCGAACUAGCUGUUGUGGCGCUCAACAUCAUCCGGUACGUGAUGGAUGGCGAGAACAUACUGAGUUGCAAUGUGGCGCUCCAAAAGUACAAACACCAACAGGCGAAGCUGAUCGAGUCACUGUUCCAGUACGCGGACGAACAGUUUAAUCAGUUCGGACAGGCAGAUCAAGCGCUAUUGCGUCGCUACUUCUUCGGUCUCGUAACGUUAUACGGUGCUGAACUUGGAAAUGCCAUCGAGGGUUUUGUGCGCACGUACCCGAAGAUAGUGUCAGAGCAGGAGCUGCAGGACUAUCGGCAGCAGCGGUCCGAGCCCGAUACGCAGCUGUCCGGAAUUGCGGUGCAGAGCGAUUGGAUCAUUCCGGAAACAAAAAAUGUCCGGCUAGAGGUAGGCCAGCUAGAGCGACAGCUCAUCUCCUGUACCUCGGCCAGUGCGGUCCGCAAACUACUGGUUAAGCUGGCCGGUACGAAUCCUUCGAAACCACUGUUCACCAUUAACCCCAGCUGGACGGUACCGUAUGCGCUCGAGCAGAUCCUGAUUCCUCUGCAGCGGGGCUUCCUACAGGACUUUGCGUACAUUCUAAUUGGUAAGGCACGUGAGUUAACCGCACGCAAGGACUACAGUACGGCCGUAACGUUACUAACCGUGCUGAAGAACGAAACGCAGCGUCCUGAGUUGGCUGGCAAUCCGCUCGUCACCAAGCUCGGCAAGAUGGUGGCCUGGGAGGGGGUACUGGUCCAGGUGCAGCAGGUGCUAGAAGAGUGGCCCCGUAAGCCGACCGAUCAGCAGGCACUGAUACGCAGCUGUAAACAGUGCCUGAACACGCUGCUUGCCAGUGGUACUGGGGAACUGGUUCCGCAUGGUAAGGUGGUCGAACACUGUGCUGCUCUGCUGCUGAACUGUAACGAAUGGAAUUCGUUGCAACUGCAACCGGAUAAGCGAUACCCGGGGCUGGAGCUGUGCUCGGCCUUGGCCCAAGCAUUCCUGGACAUCGAGAAGUUCAAGGGCACAAAGAAGACGAGCCGUGAAGCCUGGGAGCUGGUGCUGCCCAUGUUUCUCAAUCCGCCGGGGUCAAGACAGCGACAGCUACCCUCAGACGGGCCACUGGUACAGUUGAUCGUGAAACUGCGCGAUCCACUCGUUAUUUCGCUGUUGCUUUCGCUACUCUCGCGGAUACACAACAUAUUGAAGGAUGAAACAAAUCUGGACAUUAGCGCCGAGUACCUAUUCCUGUGGCCUACUAAUCUGAACAAUACCUCGAUCUACAACCUGAAGCUGGUAUCCGAAGCACUGCAUCUGCUGCUCAACCAGGCGCUCCGCUACUACCCGAACAACAUCCCGUGGAUUAAGUUGAAAGGUGAUCUGGAGUACGUGAGCAACAAUCACGAGGCCGCCAUGCGCUGCUAUGUUACAGUGCUAAUCUCCGGUACCGAGUACUGUACAGUGCAUGCGCAGCGGCCACUACUAGACGAUGUGCUUGUUCGGCGUAUGAUCAAGUGCAGCUCGAACCUGGGUUGCUUUGUGCAGGCCGCCGUCAUGUGUCAGUUCUUCGACGAACCGGACUAUGGGCUCGCAUUUAAGAGUAUUAGCGAGAAAGCGGCUAAUAGUGCAGACGCGAUGGAUUCGUAUUAUAGCUGCAUCUGGGAUCCAACGCUGCUCGAGUUCAUCGUCAACUGGCACCAGAAGAAGGGCGAGCAUAUGCGCCGGCUGCAGGCCAGCUCGUUCCUUGCGCAGCUGGAGCUGAACGCGAACAGUAACGAUGAGAUCAAGCGAGAGGCCGCUGCCGUACGGAAGAACCGCUUUCUACGAUCACUCGCCAAGCAGUACAUGUGCUAACAGGGAAAGGAAAGCGAAAGAGGACAGUUUAUACGGAAUCUAUUCUUUUUAUUAUUAUAUAAAUCCGAUAACUCAUUGCUUA